AUGAAUGACGCAUCAGCAUUGCAGAAGGUUGCACUACAGGAACAGUCCCCUGGCAGUGGCCAUACCUUGGUACCAUUACGCCAGCCAUAUAUGAGUGAGCCUUUUGCCUCAAGGCGUGUGUGCUUCUAUAAAAGUGGAGAUGCCCAGUUUAGUGGUUUGCCUGUGGUCAUCAACAACCGCACCUUCAAGACCUUUGAGGCACUGUUAGACAGCCUGUCCAAGCGUGUUCCACUGCCAUUUGGAGUCCGCACUAUUACAACACCACGUGGCCAUACAGCAGUCCGUUCUCUUGCUCAGCUUCACCAUGGCCAUUCAUACAUCUGCUCGGAUAAACGCACCGUCAAGCCCAUCAACUUGGAGCAAGCACGGCGCAAACCACCACCAUGGUACCAUGCCAGGCCUGUCAGCAGCAGGCAGUUCAGAAAGAGGCAGAGUCCUGGACAACGCAAUAUGAGAAGAAACGAGCAUGCUGCCCUACUGCACACCCCAAAGAGGCUGGUGGUUUUCCGCAACGGAGAUCCAGAAGUCAAGCAUACACUUCUGCUGCAGAAGAGGACCACACAUUCUUUAGAAGCACUGCUUGAUCAUAUAUCUGAGAUCAUGUGCUUCCCUGUGCGCAGGUUGCACACACCAGAUGGAACGAGGGUGAGAACUCACUCAAUGUUUCAUCUUUUUUUUUUUUUUUUUUUUUUUUUUUUACCCCUUUGAGGGUUUUUUUCAUUCUUUUUCAUUCUUUUCACCUUAUUUCGUCACCUGCAGUUCA